AACAUGUCGGCACGCAGAUAAACACCCACAUCACAUACAAUAUACCAACCUUCUUCUCUUCUUCUCUUCUUCCAAUCAAUAAUCAAUUCUCUCUCUCUCUCUCUCUCUCUGGAGUUUCAGGCUAAGAUGAUCGGUUUGUGGCAGCCAAGGCAGUGAAUGAGAAAUAUGGAUAUUGGUUAAGAAAAGCACAAGUGAAGAAAAAGGCCAAGAAAAAAAAAUACUCACAACAAUGUCUGUGGCACAUGUGGAUGAUGAUGAAGAAGAUGACAUCCACAAACCUAGCAAACUCCACCAUGUUGAGAAGGCUUUCACCAAUGGUGACAUCUACCUAGGCCAGUGGGCGGAAAACUGCCCGAACGGGCAGGGAAAGUUCCUAUGGGCAGAUGGCUGCAUGUAUGUGGGCAGCUGGUGCAGAGGCAAGACCAUGGGAAGGGGCAAGUUCAGCUGGCCCUCGGGUGCCACCUACGAGGGCCAGUUCAAGAACGGGUACAUGGAUGGGGAGGGCACGUACACGGGCUCAUCCAACGACACCUACAGAGGCAUGUGGCUGUCCAACACGAGGCAUGGUGGUGGGAUGCAGAGCUUCAGCAAUGGGGAUUGCUAUAAAGGGCAGUGGUGCCACGGGCAGCCCGAGGGGAAAGGGAGGUAUACAUGGAGGAAUGGGAAUGAGUAUGUAGGGGGUUGGAAGGAGGGGAAGAUGAAUGGUGUGGGGACUCUUGUUUGGGCUAAUGGGAGCUUGUAUGAGGGGAGCUGGCAAGAUGGGCUGCCAAAGGGAAACGGGACCUUCCGUUGGGUCGAUGGGAGCUUCUAUGUGGGAGUUUGGAGUGAGGAUGCAAGAGAGCAAAGUGGGACUUACUACACAUCUAGUGCUAAUAGAGGGACUCUUGAUUGGGACCCUUUGAAUGUGUAUUUGGUGUAUUUGAGAGAUUGCAGUGUUGGAGCUGUGGAGAAGAUUCCGGUUUUCCCCUCGGAGAAGACGGUGAGCUGGCAAUGUGGAGGGAUGCCAUUGCAGAAUCUGAUCAUUAGGCCUGCAACAAGGCAGGGAAACACAAUAUCAAAAGGGCAUAAGAAUUAUGAACUCAUGUUGAAUUUGCAGCUUGGCAUAAGACAUUCUGCAGGAAAAUCUGCGCCGGCUACAUCCCUUGACCUAAAAUCUACAGCAUUUGAUUCGAGAAAUAAAGUGUGGACGAAGUUCCCGCCCGAAGGGUCUAAGCACACCCCACCUCACCAAUCAUGUGAAUUCAAAUGGAAGGAUUACUGCCCCUUGGUUUUCAGAACACUUAGGAAGCUAUUUAAGGUUGAUCCAGCAAACUACAUGAUGUCAAUAUGCGGGAGCGACGCCCUCCGCGAGCUCUCAUCGCCUGGCAAAAGUGGGAGCUUCUUCUACUUAACCAACGACGACAAGUACAUGAUAAAAACUGUUAAGAAGUCUGAAGUAAAAAUGCUUAAGAGAAUGCUUCCGGCUUACUAUAAUCACGUUCGCUUCCAUGAAAACACGCUACUCACCAGAUUUUAUGGGCUCCACUGUGUGAAGAUGACUGGACCUGCACAGAAGAAGGUGAGGUUUGUCAUUAUGGGCAACUUGUUCUGCACUGAAUACUCAAUCCAUAGACGCUUCGACUUGAAAGGCUCCUCCCACGGCCGCCUAGCUGUCAAGCAUGAAUCCGAGAUUGACUCAACGACCACCCUCAAGGAUCUUGAUCUGAACCUCAUCUUUCGACUGCAGAAAUCUUGGUUCCAAGAGUUUUGCAGGCAAGUGAGCCGCGACUGUGACUUUCUUGAACACGAGAAGAUCAUGGAUUACAGCCUCUUGGUUGGCAUUCAUUUCAGAGAGAUAUCACAAUCUGGACAGCCACUCAGUACUACUGAGACGAAUACUUCAAAACAACACCAAACUCCAGUUGGAAAUGGACACAAAACCGGUGAAGGAGAAGCUCCCUUUGAUGCUAACUGGUGGACAUCUAUCAGAUUAGGUUCCAACAUGCCUGCACGAGCUGAGCUGACCACGAGGAGAAGCAAUGGCGAGUGCCAGCUGGUGGGAGAGGCAACAGGGGAGUGCUAUGAUGUGAUCCUAGUGUUUGGUAUAAUCGACAUACUGCAAGACUAUGAUAUCAGCAAGAAGCUUGAGCACGCGUACAAGUCCUUCCAACACGAUCCAACAUCAAUAUCGGCUAUUGAUCCUAGGCACUACUCCAAGCGCUUCCGUGACUUCAUAUUCAAGAUCUUCACAGAAGAUGGUUGAAUAUCAACACGGAUGAUUUGUCGAGUGCUGCAUUUGAAUGUAGAUACGGUGGUUUGAGGAAGUAGAUGUUGUAUAGAAAUGAGAAAAAAGGAUCAAAUGAGAACCUCUUUUGUAUGUUAUAUAUGUUGCAGUUGGAUUCUAAUGUUGGGAUCACAACUAAUUUGCACUUCUAUAUGUUGUAAAUAAAUUAACUAUGUUUAGUAUGAGUUUUUGGCCUAUCACAUCUUACAAAUUAAGAA